AUGCCAGGUCUGCUGAACCAGAUCACAGGGGCAGCCCUGCCCCUCACCGCCUCUGACGUCACCUCCUUCGUCAGUGGUUACGCUCUGGGUCUGACUGCCUCUCUCACCUAUGGCAACCUGGAAGCCCAGCCCUUCCAGGGCCUCUUCGUGUACCCACUGGAUGAAUACACCACGGUGAUUGGCUUUGAGGCGGUCAUUGCCGACCGGGUAGUGACAGUACAGAUCAAGGACAAAGCCAAGUUGGAUAACUCCCAUUUUGAGGGCACCCGUGUCCGAGCCACCUCUGUCACAGGGAACGCUCUGCAGGAGGCAAUGUCUGCCAUCCCUCCUUCCUGCACACCAGGGAAGCUGGCUUUGGAUGAGGAUUUGGAGCGGAUUCUGUUUGUGGUCAACCUGGGGACCAUUGCCCCUAUGGAGAAUGUCACCGUCUUUGUCAGCACCUCCUCGGAGCUCCCGACACUGCCCAGCGGGGCUGUGCGGGUCCUGCUGCCUGCUGUCUGCGCCCCGACCGUGCCUCAGUUCUGCACGGAGAGCAUCGGCCCCUCCACCCAACAGGCCCAAGGGAAAGACAAGCAUUGCUUUGGCACCCGUUCCUUGGACUCCUGGAGCAAACUGUGCCUGGCGACUCUCCUAGAUACCGACGUGUCCAACCCCAUGGAGUAUGAGUUCAACUUCCAGCUGGAGAUCCGUGGGCCGUGCCUGCUCGCAGGGGUGGAGAGUCCCACCCAUGAGAUCCGAGCCGACGCUGCCCCAUCCGCACGAUCGGCCAAGAGCAUCAUUAUCACCUUGGCCAACAGGCACACUUUCGACCGGCCGGUGGAGAUCCUCAUCCAUCCCAGCGAGCCCCACAUGCCACACGUCCUGAUGGAGAAAGGGGACAUGACCCUGGGAGAGUUUGAGCAGCACUUGAAAGGAAGAACAGAGUUCAUUAAAGGAAUGAAGAAGGACAGCAGGGCAGAGAGACAGACAGAAAUCAUCCGGAAACGCCUCCACAAGGACAUUCCCCACCACUCCGUCAUCAUGCUCAACUUCUGCCCUGACCUUCAGUCAGUCCAGCCGAACCUGAGAAAGACCCAUGGGGAGUUUAUCUUCCUCAUUGACAGGAGCGGCAGCAUGAGUGGAACCAACAUCCACCGUGUCAAGGAUGCCAUGCUGGUAGCUCUUAAGAGCCUCAUGCCAGCCUGUCUCUUCAAUGUCAUUGGGUUUGGAUCCACAUUUAAGACUCUCUUCCCUUCCAGUCAGACCUACAGUGAGGAGAGCGUGGCCAUGGCCUGUGAUAACAUCCAGAGAAUGCGUGCUGACAUGGGGGGCACCAACAUUCUUUCCCCGCUCAAGUGGAUCAUCCGUCAGCCAGUGCGCCGAGGCCACCCACGGCUUCUCUUCCUGAUCACCGACGGUGCCGUCAACAACACCGGCAAGGUGCUAGAACUGCUGCGAAACCAUGCCUUCUCCACCAGGUGCUAUAGCUUUGGAAUUGGACCCAACGUCUGCCACAGACUGGUGAGAGGGCUGGCAACUGUAUCCAAGGGCAGUGCUGAGUUUCUGAUGGAGGGGGAACGGCUCCAACCCAAGAUGAUCAAAUCUCUGAAGAAGGCCAUGGCCCCAGUCCUGAGUGAUGUAACUGUGGAGUGGGUCUUCCCUGAGACCACCGAGGUCCUGAUCUCACCUGUGAGCACCAGCUCCCUCUUCCCCGGAGAGCGGCUGGUGGGAUAUGGCAUUGUGUGUGAUGCCUCCUUAUACAUCUCCCAUCCCAGAUCUGACAAGAGGAGACGAUACAGCAUGCUUCACUCCCAGGGGUCCAGUAGCUCUGUCUUCUACCAAUCCCAGGAUGAGGGGCCCAGCCCUGAUGCCAGAAACUCUGCCAAGAGCAUGGGGUCACACUUCAACCUCAGGCAGCCCAAAGAUGCCCAGCCAACCACUGGAGAUGCCACCACUAAUCCUGCUCUAGACUUCUCCCAGCGACGGCGGGCGUACAGCACCAACCAGAUCACCCACCACAAGCCCUCCCCAAGGGCUCCCACAGCAAGCGACCCCACAGUGCCUGCCAAGAGAUACCCACUUCGGAAAGCCAAGCUGCAGGACCUCACCAACCAGAGCAUCACAGAUGCCCCUUGGUGGCAGAUUGAUCUGCAGCCCUUGCUGAACAGUGGUCUGGACCUGAGCCAGGGCCCCAGACUCCGGGGCCCAGGGGCCCGAAGGCCCUCUCUGCUGCCCCAAGGCUGCCAACCCAGCCUGCCCUCCAGCCAGGAGGCCCAGACCUGGAGCCCCAUGAAAGAGCAAGAUCUUGGGUCUAGCCUGAAGCUUGCCUCAGACAGACGUAGCCCUGGGGACCUGGAACCGUCCCAUCACCCUUCCGCCUUCGAGACUGAGACGUCCUCGGACUGGGAGGCCCCUGCAGAGUCCGAGGAGCGGAUCAAUCCCGGCAGGCCCCCCACUCCAGGCCCGGUGCUGGGCAAGGCCGUGGUCAAGGGCUUGCGUGACAGUCAACGUUUGCAGUGGGAAGUGACCUUUGAGCUGGGGCCCCCCGGCCCGGAGCGGGGAGGGGCACACGACGCUGACCUGUGGAGCGAGACCUUCCACCACCUGGCGGCCCGCGCCAUCAUCCGCGACUUCGAGCAGCUGGCGCAGCGCGAAGGCGAGAUCGAGCCAGGGUCCAGCCGCCGUUAUCAGGCGAACGCUGUGCACACCAGUAAAGCCUGCAAUGUCAUCAGCAAGUAUACAGUCUUCAUGCCAGUGGACGUGAGCAAGAGCCGGUACCUGCCCACCGUGGUGGGGUACCCCAACUCUGGUGCCGUAUGGCGGAUGGUCAACUCUCAGGUCCUGACCCGACAGAGGAGGGGCCCGGCUGCUGGCUUCGGACGGUCUCAGACCCUGCUCGGGGAAGACUCGGCAGCAGGAGAUGAUGAGGAAGAAAGCCCCACUGCACCCUUCGGUGAGACCACGUCCCCGGGCCGCGAGAAGUACGUUGCUUCUGAAGGUCCCCUGCGCAGUCUGGCCACCAAUACCCUUUCUUCCUUCAAGACCUCAGACUCUCUCUUUGGAUCCAGGCUGAGUCUGAGCAAGUCCAGGCUGCUGACUCGGGCAGCCAAGGGCUUCCUGAACAAGCCACUGACCAAGGCUCCAGAGUCAAGCCCAGGGACCCAGAGUUUCGACUACAUCCCGCUGGUGUCUCUGCAGCUGGCCUCCGGAGCCUUCCUGCUCAACCAAGCCUUCUGCGAGGCCGUCCACAUCCCCAUGGAGAAGCUCAAGUGGACCUCACCCUUCACCUGCCACCGAGUGUCCCUCACCGCCCGCCAGCCGGAGUCUAAGACCCCGAGUCCCCAGGGGUGCACCAGCCCCUCCGUGCGGCUCCCCUCCUGCGACAGCCUCUCCCCGGAGCCUCUGGCAGAGGGCAAGCCAGGCUGGGAGCCCAGGGCUGUGGUAGAACACACGGGGAAGCUGUGGGCCACCGUGGUGGCGCUGGCGUGGCUGGAGCACAGCUCGGCCUCCUACUUUGUGGAGUGGGAGCUGGUGGCCGCCAAAGCGAACUCAUGGCUGGAACAGCAGGAGGUACCCGAGGGCCGCACGCGGGGCACCCUCAAGGCAGCUGCCCGCCAGCUGUUUGUGCUCCUGCGGCACUGGGACGAGAACCUGGAGUUCAACAUGCUUUGCUAUAACCCGAAUUACGUGUAG